GUCUACUAUGGACGUGUUGAUCAGGCGCUCCCAGUCCAUGCAUAUUUCGUUGUCAUGAUUCGGAAUAAUUUAUUUAUUUGCAAUCGUCCCAAAAAAUUUGGCUUCGAAGCGACAAUGAAGGACAGUCUACGGCGACAGGUUGAAUGGCUCUUACUGUUAUCACUGAGCACACUACUCGUAGCAGUAACGGCGUCUGCGGUUCUUGUGGAUAAUGCAACAGUGUCUUUAUUGGAACAGAAAAUCCGAGUCGAAGAAGAAUCGGCUUCAAAUUCAAAACCAACUGAAUACCAACCGAGUGGUCAAUUUGACAGCCUUGAAACCCCUACAGCUACAAACUUGUUCGAUGAUUUGUGUCGUCUCCAUGGCAACUUGCUGGACUCUUCCGUUACUUCUGGCCAGAAUCAAAUGGAUAGAAGCAGCAGACAUGGCAUCGAUAUUCUUCAUGAAAUAUUUGAUCCAUCAUUUGGUCUCGUCCCAUAUGUCUCCUACACAAUUCAAAUAUCCCAUGAGGAGGAGGAAGGUAACUACGUGUAUGCAUUGCAUUCAAACAUUGGAAAGCUCAGCACCAACUCUCUCCAAGAAAACCCUUUUUGCGAUUCUUGGAAUGAGAGUUCUCGAUAUCAACUACUCCAGCUGACUUCCAUGUCUACCAACCUUUCUUGGAGCAUCAAGUCAAUUCCAGAAGUUAAAACACAUCUUACACUUCGACUUGUAGCAUAUUCAGCAGAAACUCGUCAAGUCAUCAGUCUUGCAAUGAUUAACCACACCAUUAUUCCAGGCUGCUACUUGAAGUUGCACUCUACCCGUGGCGUAGUGUCAAGUUCACACCUUCCACCUCAGUUCGAGCGCAUUACUAGCAGUCAAGAGCACUUGAUGUCGCCACCUUUGGGGUGUUCAUUGCUGCUCAAAAUUCCUAGUGGAUCUAGCUUUGAAUUCACCUUACGCAAACUCAAACUAUUGCGGCCACACUCACGCGAAUGUCACGAAGACAGCCAGCUGCAAUUAGCGACGUCGACAACUUGGGAUCCGCACAAGAUGAUGACUGACACGAAACAUUUUAAUAGCUUGCACAGCUCGACUUGGCCAAAUUUGGCUGAGAAUCAUCAUUGGCAGGUGGUGCGCACCUUCUGCGGCAAAAUACAGGAUUACUCCAAGAGCCUUCGGACUUGGCACACUUUCGAGCCUUGGGUGUUGAUUCGUUAUCGAAGUAGCCAACGCGCCCACCAUCACAUUCACUCCAGCAAUGGCAUUAGUAAUAGUUUCGUUCUGUUCAAGUUUAAUAUUCUUGGACCUUGCUUGAACGUAUUACUGACGGAGCGUUCUAAAACUAUCGAGUUCUACGAAUCGGAUUUGUCUGCGAGUGUUCCCGAGUGCACUUUCCGUGUCCACGUGCCAUACGGCUAUCGGAUUCAUCUAUCAGCUCACUUGACUAGCGAUAAUGCAAUAGUUCCGUAUGAGAAUGAGGCGGUAGAUCACCCAGCAGUAGGGAGGGCUGAUGAGUCGGAUGAAAAUUCUCUAUUCACGACAAACGGCGAUUGCCAAAUGACUGUGCAAGCCGAAGAUAUAACAGGUCAUCAAACCAAAUGUUUAAAUCACCGCAAUCCGACUGCUUCAUUCUCUUCACUAGCCAAUUUCUUAAAAUUUCAAGCGAAAAUACUUCAAGUCACCAGUCAAGGUGAAGAGGAGUUGAAGCAAUUCAGCAACAAUUCCUAUGGAAAAGCAGCUGUUAUACCGGGUUCAUCUGUACGAUUGAGCGUUCGCUACUUUUCUGAAGCUGAUCCACGAUUGACGAAUGGAUGCGGUGAAGGAGUGCUAGCUGACGAAACAACGUGCAUCUGGUUACAUCCUGAGCCUUUAACGUGGCAUGAGGCUGAAGCCAAGUGCAGUCAGAUGGCUCCAAACGGUCAUCUAGUCGCCAUCACUAGCCCUGAAAUCCAGAAAGUGGUUGACGCUGUUAUAACCAAAAGUGCGGAUUACGAACCCGAAAAAAGUUAUUGGAUUGGUGGGUCAGACCAAAAACAGGAAACAAUCUUCGAAUGGAGCAGUGGUGCAACGUUCAGCUAUUCAAAGUGGUUUUCCGGUUGGCCUGUAUAUCAACUGUACAACGCUCAGCCUAGUGACGACGGCAUCUCCAACCAAGAUUGCGUCGAAAUUCGCCAAAGUUUUGGACAACCGAGUCAAAGCGAAGCCCUAGCAAGCGGCUUUUAUUGGAACGACCGAGAUUGUUAUGUUGCCAACCCCUUUGUUUGCCAGAAAUCAAGGAAUGACGUUGGAAUAGGUGACUUUAAAGAAACCAUGAACUGCAAUCGCACUGAAGAGUUAAACCGGCUACGAACAUCGACUGUAGUUCAAAGUCCUUUCUUUCCCCGGCCCUAUCCAAAUGGCAUCACUUGCAUCACGGAUUUAAGUGCACCGCUUGGUUUCAAAAUUUUGCUCAAUUUUGAAUUUUUCGAUUUGGAAGAGGAAGAAGAUUGCAACUACGACGUUCUUGAUCUGCAGAACCUGGAUGAAAUAUUGAUUUUCGAUGAACGUAGAGAUUCCAGUGCAACUCCUUGGCGGCGCUGUGGAAAUUGGAAUUCGCGUUUAAAGCUCUUGCAAUGGAGGAGUAACGAGAAUCAAGCCCGAAUCAUGUUUACUUCGGAUAGUUCUUAUAAUACCAACGGUUUUCAACUGAAAGCAAGCAUAGAACGAGCUGACUUAAACUGCCCUGAAGCCGGUUCCAUUUUUCAUCAUGGCCGUUGUUAUUUGAUUGCACCGUACCCGGAAAUUGGCUGGUUUGAAGCGGAUAGAAUGUGUAAGAGUAUGCAGGCUGAACUAGUACUGUCGGACAGCAACAGUGAAGAGAUACAUUUUCUAAUUGAUCAAAUAAAUUCCAACGAACAGUUAAAUAAUACUGCUUUCUAUUGGAUCGGGCAAACUAACCGAUUCCAACUCAGCAUUCCGCAAUCAGCUGAUGCCAUCCAGAAAUGCCCAGCGAUUCAUGUUUCAUCUUCAGUUUUAAACACAUAUACGAAUCUGGAACCAUGUGCCACUCCCGGAGGAUAUGUGUGCGAAAAAAUCGUUAAAAGCAACCGUGGAAUAGCACGAAAUUCGUCAAUCGAGUCCCAUGAAGGCGAGGUCAAAUCGCCCAAUUUCCCGGCGCCUUAUGGUGAGGACAAUCACUUUCGGUUGCACAUCAAGGCACCAAAUAGCUCGUCUAACUCCGAGCGACUUGUGGUGCGCUUCAAGCAGAUUGAUAUUGAGUUCCAGGAGAACUGCCUUUACGACUACAUCGGACUGCAAAGUAGAGAAAAUGGCCCUAUGCAGAAGAUUUGCGGCCAUCACACCACCAAUCUAGAGAGACUGGAUUACAUCUCGGAAACGGCCGAAAUCUGGAUAACAUUCCACUCGGAUUUUUCUGUCUCGGGAGAUGGGUUCCAUGCCGUAUGGUCAACAAUGUCGCUAGCUGGUUGCCCACAAAAGACUUUUACCGAACCACAAGGCGAACUUUUCAGUCCUCAUUAUCCCUACUUCUUAUUACCAAAUUUGAACUGUACUUAUAAUAUCGUGGCCCCAGAAAGAACAAGGGUGUGGAUCAAAUUUCACGUUUUCGACAUCGACUUAAACAACGGACGCCAGCUCUCUCCCUGCCGUGAUGAGUACGUUCGCUUGGAUUGGGGUUCCUCUAAAUUCAUCGUCUUGUGUGGAUCACAUAACUUGUCGAGGGACUCUCUGCAAUGGAUCUCCGACGGCAACCAGCUCAAUGUACACCUGAUGUCUCGCAACGGAAAGCAGGGUCGCGGUUUCCACGCCUCAUACAAAUUCAUGCCCGUUCCAACCACUUUGAUCGACACUUUGUUCCUGGACACCGACGAGGAGCUAGAAUUGAUUCCAUUCAAUUAUCCUCAGCCGACUCCCAAUCAACUGCUCCAGCGAAUCACAUUAGUGACUCAUCAUGGGUCCUACCUUCGCCAUAAAGCUGCCAGUUGGCUGACGCUGUGUGAUUAUCUAGCCUUCCGUCCAUCGGUGAAGGCCGUGGUUGUUCUGAUGGACGUUUAUAACAAUAACACGGAGAUUAAACUGUGUUAUAGAAACGAGACAGUGGUUGAUGCAACGCAGGAGUUAGGACCAGCUUUCUAUGAAUCAAUGUUUCAUACCUUAACCAUUGAAUACAGCACACACGCCGAUAUCAACUGGCCGGGAGUUCUCGGCCACGUCAAAGCAUUGCAAGAUCCCAACUACGCUGAGAAAGUUUCUGUUAUGCCCGACGACUCACCAGUGGAGUCUUGUGACCACACCCCUUGCCAGAACGAAGGUGUUUGCACUGCCGUUGACAAUCAAUAUUAUUGUCAGUGCCAUGGGAAUUGGAGAGGGCUGUUCUGCUCAUUGACUUUGUGUCAGCUACCCUCUUCGUGCAUCCAUGGCAUCUGUUCCACUCUCAACGGAACCCAGCGGUGUAGCUGCGAUCCGGGAUUCACGGGUCAUUUGUGCGAAUCUCGAUUAGCCCCUUGCGAUUUGGAUCCCUGUGGCGAUCGUGGCAAAUGCGUUCCCUCUGCUGAUGGUUUCAUCUGUCAGUGCCAUCCGUGGUGGCAAGGUCCUCGAUGCGAGACCCGCUGGCUGCACCUUCCAUACAAGCCACUUUCGCAGCGAAUGCUAGAAGAACCUUUUUGGUUGGGUCUUAUGACCAUUGCAAUUGUGCUUAUAGUUAUUGCGUUUGUUUGGUGCGCCAAGAGACAUUUCGCUGAAAAAUUCGAACGCUUCGUCAGCGAAGAGUUGGAAAGAGGAAAGUUGGUCGAGCCAGCUAUGUUGGAUUGGAGUCGAGGAAGACACUUAUGUCACCAAAUAAGCAUGGAUACCACUGCCAUUAGCAGACCAGUCAGCCCUCAGAACUGUCUCAAUGUCCCGGGCCCGGAAGCCACGUCGGCUCAACGCCAUUUCUUGGGAUGGCCAACUUUUCGAAAACCAUCGUUGCUGAGUAUAACCUCGCUUAUCAGCCCCAGUCAGAGUCACACGAGUGUUGCUGGCCCUAGCAGUGUAGGCAGCUGUUCCAAAAGAAGUGGUGUUUGCAAUCGAGGGCAGCGCAGUGGCAGAACUUUUAGUCUGGACGAUCUCUUUCGCUUACCGAAACGAUCUCCAUCCCCAAAUAAACGAGGAUCUGACAAUGAUGUGGCCAGUCAGCGACGUGAUAUUGAGCGCCAACAGAUUUUGCAGAGGCUUAUUGCUUCCCAAGUUCCUAGCAGUAAGAGUAUCCCAGGGCAUCCUACCUCAAGCCCAGGAGAAACGGUGAUGAUGACACAGUUUGGGUUGCAGACCCAUUCAAGCUUAUUGACUGCUAUUCAAGACACUUCAGAUGCAGGUGGGAUGGACGCCAAUGUGGUAGCCCAAUUCCAACUUCAACUCGAUCUCAAAGCCGAGAAAAAGGUUACAUUUGCUCGAAUGAUGGAAAUGGUCAAGGCAGAUAUCACCAGUUCAGAGACAGAAACAAGUGCCGGCGAAGAGCAAAGCAAGUGUAUUGAACAUGUUGAUGACCGAAUGAUGCCUGACUCCAUCGGUGCUGCUAAUAAACGGAAACAGCGGAACUGGAACUCGCGCCGCUUCUGGCGUUCCAACAACAGCAACUCAAGUACUCAAGGAAGCGCCAGUGAUCAAGAUAUUCAAGAUAAUUUACCGAUGACUGAACAUGUACCACCAAACGACUCGGUAAGUCGGACUAACAUCGGAAAAGGUCAUCGUCACUUGCGGCUGCCAAGUCGGACUGCGGCGACUAGCGGCAAACAUGCUUCAAGCACAGAAUCACUUCUGAGCAUCAUUCGCAACUUUUCGACUGCUAAUCACAAGACACCAUCAACCCCAUCCAGUCCACAGAUAUCGGAUUAUGAAAUUUCGUCCUCCUUCCCUACACCACUUUCAACGCCAGGAUCGCCUGCUGGAAGUUUUGAAGCCAUUCCGACGACGUCCAAUCCUACCGACAACACCUCUAUUCAGGUGGCCGUUAUUGAUCCAUCAGUUAUGGCACAUCGAAGCAAUCGGUUGACCACGACGAGUUUCUGUACACCUCAUAUUACGUUAGAGAUUCCUACCGGCAACUAUGGGCAAUUUCUUUCUCCUAUUCACGAAGUUCCAACACCGUUGCCAAGCCCGGCACAUACGCCUAUUCCAAGCAUGAGAAAAGCCGAUCGAUGUGGAUCUUCAGACUCAUCCCUCUCAUCCGGGAGCUCGACGCUUCUUGAGCGAAAAAGGCCACUGUUACAGCAGCAAAGAUGGAAUUACAAUAGCUCGGAUGAAUAUCACAAAGGCAGUUUAUCAGCACCGUCAAUAGUAGUUGAAAAUGUCACCAGCCAUUCGGAAAAUUCGGAACGUCAGAGCAUUUCAAUAGUGGUACCUUCGACUAUUCAAAUACUCAUAGAGUCCGAUUCUGCACAACCCUCGCCCGUUUCAUCUACGGCAAACUCACCAUUGCCGUCCCCAGCUAAGAUUAAACCCCCACCGCUCCAUAUUGUCAAUUCCAACUUUACCCGAUUCGAGACGUUUCAGUCUAGUACGGGGAGCAAUGAAUUAAAAUCAACACCUCCGUUUACGGUGCCACAAUUGUGUGUGUCAGAAGCUUUCAUUGAAACAACGGACUUUGAGAAUUUGAGCACAGUGUCCAAUCAAGCGGGAAAAAAAUGUAGUAGUUCUCAAUGUAGUAGGUCGUUAUCCAAACUCGAAUGGGGGCAGGUCAGUUUAGGCUCGCCGCCUCUUCGGAAGCAUCUUCCUGGAGAUGCCACAGUUAAUGUUGACGACAAUUUUAUCAACAACACGAUUACAAGUAUGCGCCGUGUUUAUAAGGACACCUUGGACAAAUCAAGUUCUUUGGAACUCCCUCAUCCACCUCCAAUAAUCACCAUCACAACAAACUUCUCCGAAGUCGAAUCAGAUUCAGACGCCGGAAUGUUAGGUCGGGGUGGUUCCAGCAAUCAAAAAAUGUGUUACCUGAGUCCAUUCGUUUGUUACGGCGCAAGUCGGUCAGAUAUAGCUACCUCCGAAUCCAAUCUCAGCUCAUCGGGAUACAGUUCAAUGGCUAGUCCCGGCGUGAGUCCGGCUUGCUCAUCAAAAACACUUUGUAUUUGGAUGGAAGAAGAAGAUAUGGCAACAUUAAAUCGGACACACAUGAGAAGAAAAGAUCGAAGAGUUUUGCAUCGAUCCCUUUUGUCGCCGAGUCUUGAGUCGAGUUCACCUCCUUUGGAUUCUCCUCCCGACCGAUCUUCUGAUUUAAGUAUUUUGCAUCGCAGUAACGUGAACAGACUUAUUCAUCAUCCUGAUCCUGGGAACAAUGAUCAAUCGACAAAUUUAAUUAGCAAGUCGGAUGGUAUUCAAACUACCAUUGGGAAUGAGUCUCACGAUGAAGGAAUCGACGAGUUUCAUGUAUGCUGCAGCGCGAUCGAUAGAAUUGACCAGAACUGUCCGAUCGAUUCAAAAUUGCUUAAUCUAACUCGAGUCCAUAAAAGCUCUAGUUUAGAUUCCAAAUUGAUGGGACAACGCAGAAAUAAUUUAAAAGGUGACAGUUUAGAUACCAAACUUCCCUCCCUACCUCCUGGAGCAAUACCUUCCUUCCUUCUACAAUCUCUUCAAUUGCCAGAACUAAUAUCCUCCCGGACUUGUGGAGGACAUAGCGGUAAUAGCGAUGAAAUCAAAAUGAAAGCGAGUCCAGUGUCAUCAAGAAGUGAAUCACCGCUAAGCGACGUUAAAAGCGCUGGUCUUGGACGUUUUUCUACCAAAUUCUACGGUAUGUCGAGGAACGACAUACCUUACACAGAUUCAGAUGGUCUCUAUGAUUACCCAAGUUCAGAAACAAUUUUGCCACCAACAGGCAUACACCGUCGUCACAUGAGACAUAAAUGCGACAGACGACGCGAAAAAAAAGCUAGUUUCAAGAGCACUCGCUGGAUAGAUACCCAUCGCGACUUAUUAGACGGUGGAACGAUUAAAAGAUCUUUCCUAGAUCCAUGUGACCGGGGAGUUGGGCGACUAGUCAGUGCAAAACGCAAGUCUCGCGUUCGUGCACAAAGCAACAUCGAUUUUUGCGCUUCUUCAUCCUCGAACGAAAGUUUGAGCUCAUUUGAUAAAAGGUCAAGGCACAAAAAGAGCCCUCAGAUAAUAAACUUAAGACGCGGAUCGUCGCCUAUCUGUGACGUGAUCUUAACCAUUCAAGCCGCUUCGUCGUUAGAUGAAUUGCAAAGUGAGGUGGGCGACGAGAAACAUGAAAAUGAAUCUGGUUCGGGUGGUACUUCAAUAGAAUUAAGGGCGUUUAAAUUACCGAUUCGAACUCGCCAAAACAGUACUUUCCGGUUUCCAGAAAGAAGGAGGCAAGAGAGUAUACCGAAACGCAGAGAUAUGCCAUCUGUAGGCCUACUUCGAAAUUUUAAAGGACUAAAAAGAACUUGUUUGACAUCGGAUGGUGGGAUCAAUUUAAAACAACUAAGUUCGACGACAGAUUCGUCGUAUACUGAAUCUGAUCUAUGCGAUAGCAAUGAAUCAUUGGCCAAUUUAGGAGAAAUAGAAGACUCAGUAGACUCUCCGCUUGUAUGACAGCAAAAAUUUAAACAAAUCUUACAUUUCUUAUCAAAAAUGAAAUUCUCCCACGUUUUUUUCAUUCCAUAUCAUCUCCACACUCCACUCCAGUGGGAAGUGACAAAUUACUUCUUACUUUUUCAGCUAUAGCCGCCUUGUUUCUAUUUAGUAUAUUCUGUUUUUUUUUCCACAGUAUUAUUUCAUUUUUAUAUAUCUCAAUAACAGACCUCGCUAGAUUGGUAGAAGCUAUUCCCUACACGAAUACAUUAUAUGCUACUAAUAAGUUACAAAACCGUAUUUCAUCCGUAUUUCUACUCCCCUGCCAGAAAAUCCAUUUCUCAAUCAAAACGAAACAAAAAUUUUACUGUGUUGAAUUGAGGUAUUAUACUAAUAUACUACGCAUAGAAAUAGUUAAUUUGAUGUUUGAAAAUGAUCAUAAUUUAAAUUAAUUGUUUUUAAUAAAAAAUAAUUUGUCGUGUGUUUUUUUCCCUUUAUUUGUUAAUUUCCAAUUUAUGAAAUUUUCAAAUAAAAAAAUAGUGAUGAUAAACGAAUGUUGAAGCACUUCCCCUUGGUGAUUUUAUUAAUUGACAGAAAAAUAUUGUCCUAAUACAAAUCAAUCAUGCAGUAGGUAACUAGGUGUUAAAAAUCUUACAGUAGCCUAUUCCGACAGUAGCCUAUAUUUUACUGUUCAUUCUCUUUUAGUUUUAUUGCUAGAAUUAUUUUUUUGUCCACAAAGUGAUUUUUAGUUAAUUCACUUUUAUCUCGUUCCCACAAACUUUCUGAUAUUUGCUAGCAGUGACGUUUUUAAUAUAAAAAAAACUAAAAAGGAAUGAUAAGCUACUGAGUAAUGUGAAAACAUAGCCUGUGUGAAACUAUGCUUUCAGCUUUCCUACAAAGAUAAAAGAUACUUAACCAUUUAAGAUUUUUCAGUAAUUAGGCUACAGAUGUUUAAAAAACAACUCUAAAUUUCUUUUCCAAAUUUUCGCAAACGUGAAAUAGAUUACUGUGAACGAGACAGUGGAACUCCUGUGUUUGUUAAUCUCCUGUCUAUUUAGAUCUCCUGGACAAUAUUUCUCCCAGAAUUUUUUUUCGUAUUUCCAGGACAAUAGAACUCCAUUAAAAUUAAAAUUACUCUUAAUUCUAGACAAUAGAUUCCCCCGAAUAAUAUUAUUUAAAACAUAUUAGACAGUAGUUUAUUCGCUAAAAAUUAAAUUAUAAAUUAUAUCAAAUUAAUUGACAAUAGAUCUCCUAGACAAUAGAUAUCCCAGACAAUACAUCUCCUAGAGAGCUAGACAUUAAAACGA